GCGAGAGAUCAGUUGGACUUUUGCGACGGGCCGACGCGCUUGGUGUUUUAGUCGUUUCGCUGCGCGUGGGUAAAUGUUUGCCUAACUUUUGGUUUCGUUCGAUUCCGAUUCCACUCGCCACGCCACAAUUAUCCGUCUAACCGAGUGUCCGGCACAGUCUUUGCCAAUCACCGCAUGGGAGCAGAGGAUAUCCGGACAACCCACUGGCCACGUAAUCAAUCAUUUUAUGGACUAAUAGCCGCCAACCCCCAGUAACAUGCACAAGGCCAUUAAAAACAAAUCCAGGCUGCUCUGUGGGCUCAAGAACUCUAAGGCAGAUCUGACGACGGCGAAGUUUAUACUAUAUUACGGACCUACGGUAGCAGAUAGCGAUAUCUAUGACUUAACCGAUUUCCAAAGUUUAUUGGAGGACGAGCACUUGGAUUUGGCCAAGAAUACCGUGCUUUAUUUGCACGGCUAUUUGGAAGAUCCGGAUGUGGAGAGCAUUCACGUCAUAGCUGAGGCCUAUCUGGAACGCAAGGACACCAACCUUAUCGUUUUGGAUUGGGGUGAACUGGCCGAUGGCAACUACAUGUUCGAUGCCUUUCCCAAUCUCAAGCAAUUGGGACCGGAGUUGGCCAAAGUCCUGCUUAAAAUGUUUGACCAUGGCCUGGACAUUGAGAAGUUUCAUAUUGUCGGACAUUCAAUGGGCGGCCAACUGGCUGGAGUCCUCGGCCGCGAGAUAUUCAAACGUACCAAAGGUGUUAGGAAGCUGAAGAGAAUUUCCGCUUUGGAUCCCGCAUUUCCGCUCUUCUACCCGGGCACACACCUUUCUGCUAGUGAUGCUGAGUUCGUAGAUGUGAUACACACAGAUGCCUGGCUAUACGGGGCUCCGACGAGCACUGGGACGGCGGAUUUCUGGCCCAACGGUGGCCACAGUCUGCAGCCAGGUUGUCCGAAACGAAACUAUAAGAUGCUCAGUGAUAACGAUCUGUCCAGUCAUCGUCGGAGCUGGUGGUUCUGGGCUGAAAGUGUCUCAGAUCGAUAUCCCAUCGGAUUCGAUGCUGUGCCAGCAAAGAAAUGGGCGGACUUCAAGCAAAACAAAACUGUGGAGAAUUGCCCGCCAGUGGUGAUGGGUCACCACUGCCCGACGACAAUACAUGGCGACUUUUACUUACAAACCAACGGACAAACACCUUUCGCUCGAGGCAAAGAGGGUGCCGUGUACGUUGAUCCCAAGGAGCUGCUAGGAAAUACCCACAGUAUAACCUGUGAUUGCCCUCCACCCCAGACGAAUUAAAUAGACCAUUAAAAAUUGCACUUGGUAUAUUUUGUUAUGUAGCUAAAUUAAUGUUGCUUUUAUUGUAUAAUGUUAUACACCACACUUUGGUAUACGAAAAAUAUUUACAUAAAUUUUUGUUGAACUUAAAA